CACCCCUUGGCAUUAAACGCCUUUUACAAAUUUUCUUCUUCCAAUCUUACAACCACCUCCAAUCUCCACAACUUAAGAUUUCCUGAUCGCCGCCGUCGUGAGAAGUAAUGGGUAAGAUUCCGGUGAAGAUGAAGAUGGUGCAGUACGCUUUGUCUCCGUACCAACAAAAGGUGAUGCCUGGAUUAUGGAAAGAUCUUCCCGGAAAACUUAGCCACAAGGUGACGGAGAAUUAUAUCAGCACCACCCUUUUGCUCGGACCUCUCGUCGGAGUGUACUCCUAUGUUCAGUGGUACCUGGAGAAGGAGAAACUGUCUCAUCGCUUUUAGAUCUUUCGAGGUCCUUCUUUUUCUCUCUCCUAUUUCCGGGUUGAAUGUUUCUAAGAUCAGUUCUUUGCCCUUUUGUUACGGAUGGAUUUAUAGAAGUUGUCUUGCUAUUGGAUUUAUGAUGGUUUUGGUGUGAAUUGUCAUAAAUACUGAACAAAGUUGCAAUAAAUUUGUAUUUGUUUAACGAA